CUGUUUGUCAAAGUGUUUCCGGCGGUUGGCAGCAUGUCGGUGACUUUGAGAGGGAAAAUCGCAGGAAUACUGAGAGUUUUACACACAACCGGAUCAUUUUUACCACAGACUGCUGCUAAACGAUGUUUGGUUCCGACAUUGACAUGCUGUCAAAGUUCUACAAGCAUCUCGUAUCCCUCAAGUUAUGUACCACAGACUUCACUAUCCAGACCGCCGUGGCCUGAAUUAGCAGUGUUUGACCCUGAAGAGGAGGUUAAAAAGCAUCAAGUGGUUGUACAGAAAGUAAAUGGUCUCAUUGAGAAGGGACAAUACGGGCGUUUGUUUGUUGUGGUUCAGUUUGCUGGCCGUCAGUGGAAGGUGACAAACGAAGACCUGAUUCUCAUUGAAAACCACAUAGAUGCCGAGUGUGGAGACAGAAUAAGACUGGAGAAGGUGCUGUUAGUUGGAGGAGAUGAUUUCACUCUUAUUGGAAAGCCACUUCUUGGCAGUGAUUUGGUGAGAGUUCAGGCCACAGUCAUUGAGAAAACCGAAUCCUGGCCGAUGGUUCACAUGAGGUUCUGGAAGAGACAUCGAUAUCAAAAAAAGAGAACCAUAAUACAACCACAGACUGUACUGAGGAUUAACACCAUUGAUAUUUUACCAAGACUUCAGUAAAAACAUGCAAUUUCUGUAACUUAAGGUUUGAUUUGUCUGACCAUGUAAAUAAAGCUUUCAAAUUUAA